CAUGACAAUAAAGACUGCCAUUGAGCAGCUCCUGGAAGUUGUGCAAGCAAAAGUAGAAUCUGUCUGCAAUGAAGACACGGAGUGUGUUGGUUUUGCUAGAAUUGGAAGUGAAGAUCAGAUCAUUGUGGCUGGUACAAUGAAGCAAGUUCAAUUGCAUGUUUUUUUCCUAUCAAAUAGUACUGUAGGAGUGUGCAACUACUCAAAUUUUGACAUGUUAUUAUGUAAAAAAUUAAACUCUUCGAUAUUUUGUGCUGAAAGUAGUAACUUUUCAAUAUGUUGAAUAUUUAAGACUACUUGAAUACUU